AUGUUCGGUCGGUCUACAUCAGGAUUUGGAGGAUUCGGCAGUACAAGUGGUAGCAAUGCUUCACCAUUUGGAGCCGCUAAUAAUAAUGCGACAACAGGGACAUCACCAUUUGGAGGAGCUAAUAAUGCAACUUCUGGCGGAGGUAUAUUUGGCGCUAACAACAAUGCUAGUACUGGAGGUGGAUUUGGAGGCGGUAGCACUUUUGGAGCAAAUAAUACCACUUCUGCGUUCGGUGCACCAAGUGCACCAAGCGCACCUAGUGGAGGCAUGUUUGGAGCAUCCAAUGCCACUUCGUCUCCGUUUGGAGCUAGUAACAAUAAUGCCAAUAGCACAUCAGCAUUUGGUGCACCCAGUGCUAUGGGUACAUCGGCGUUUGGAGCGUCCAAUGCUGCUGGUGCUGGUGCUGGUGCUGGCGGUUUAUUUGGAUCCGCCAACAAAUCGACAUUUGGAGGAGGAUUUGGUACUCCUACGAAUAACAAUACUUCACCUUUUGGAGCGUCUACAACAUCAGGGUUUGGAGUGGGAGCCGGUGCAGGAAAUGUUGACCCUAACGUCAACAAUGGUACUGGCGGUAAGCCAUUCACCCCGUACACCGAAAAAGAUUCGACGGGAACAAACGUUUUUCAAAACGUCAGUUCGAUGCCUGAGUACAAGAAUUUUUCGUUUGACGAAUUGAGGUUGAAGGAUUACGAACAGAAUAGAAAGUUUGGAAAUGCAAAUGCCCCAGGAGCUACUGCGCCAGCCGGUGGUUUUGGAGCUUCUACAACCGGAGGAUUUGGGUUUGGUGCGCCUAAUAAUAAUGCAAGUUCAGCAUUUGGAUCUGGUGCAACGGGUGCAUCUCCUUUCGGUGCUACAAAUAAUACUGCUACAAACACCACCGCAAAUACUGGAUUUGGCGCUCAAACCAACAAUUCUCUAUUUGGAUCUAGUAACACGGGUUCAGCCUUUGGUGCUGCAAACAACAAUACAGCUUUUGGUGGCCAAAACAAUUCAGCAUUCGGUGGCCAAGGGAAUUCAGCAUUUGGUGGUUCAAACGCAUUUGGUGGUAAUACCAACACAUCGGCAUUUGGUAGUGGUGGUUCUACAGGAUUUGGGGCUAAUAAACCAAACCCAUUCGGUGCGUCGAAUACAGGUACCUCUGGAUUCGGUGCUUCCAAUGCAGGUGGGGGUUUUGGUGCUAAUAACACUAACAAUUCUCCAUUUGGUGGUAACAACACGUCUGCGUUCGGAUCAAAUACAUCCCCAGCUGUUAAUAAUACCACCAACCCAUUUGGGGCCAAUAAUGCAAAUGCUAAUAGUUCACCAUUCGGGGCUACUCAAAAUUCUAAUACAUCUGGAGGAUUAUUUGGUGGAGCCAAUAAUACAAACAAUAAUGCGUUUGGUGCAAAUAACAAUACUGCACCAGGUUUUGGAGGUUCCAGCGGUGGAUUAUUCGGUAAUACCCAAAAUAAUGCACAAGCCGGUGGGUCAUUUGGUGCUAAUAAACCAGCAACUGGUGGAUUAUUUGGUGGUCAAAAUAAUACUAAUAAUGCAGGCGGUGGAUUAUUUGGAGGCCAAAGUAAUACAAAUAAUACAAGCGGUGGAUUAUUUGGACAAAACACCAAUACAAAUAACAAUUCAGGUGGUUUGUUUGGAAGUAAACCAGCAGCUCCAUCUGGAGGCUUAUUUGGAGGUAAUCAAAAUACAGCAGCUCCCUCUGGCGGGCUUUUUGGUAAUACUGCCCAGAACAACAAUGCAAGUACUGGUGGAGGCCUUUUUGGAGGAAACAAACCUGCAGGGACUACUGGUGGAUUAUUUGGAUCGCAAAAUAAUGCUAGUAACACAUCCAACUCAUUUGGCAAUAAUCAAAGUAACAAUACUAGUGGUGGAUUAUUUGGCAAUAAACCACCUGGUACUGCCAAUACAGGGGGAGGCUUGUUUGGAAGCAAUAAUAAUACAACAGGUAGUUCUGGAGGAUUAUUCGGGGGUAGCAAUAAUAAUACAGGAACAAAUGCAUCCGGAGGUUUGUUUGGAAGCAACAAUAACACGGGGACGAGUACAUUAGGUUCAAACAAUAGUACGGGUAGUGGUGGAUUAUUUGGAAGCAAGCCAGCUACAGGUAAUAAUGCACCAUCAACUGGUGGAUUGUUCGGUGGAAACAAUACUAAUGCAGGGCUAGGUGGCGGUCUUUUCGGAUCUAAUAAUAAUCAAGCUCAAGGCCAGCCAGGUCAACAACAACAGCAGCAACAACCUUUAGCUAAUAUUAGUAAACAAAAUCCAUACGGUGAUAAUCCAUUAUUCCAAAGCAUUACUGGCUCGCAACAGCUGAAUAAUGGUGGUGUUCCAAGUGCGACUCCAGUUAAUGCUUCAGCCGGUUCUAAGAAGCCUGUUACUUUAGCAACAGCACAUAGAAUUGCGCCAUUAUUUAAACCAAGCGCUUUACCAAAGAAAUCACCAAGCCCUGUUAGUGCAUCUAAUGUCCCAAUGUCUAGUUCCGAGAACAAGGAAAAUAUAUUCACUCAGGGUACUGAUAAAGCAAUCAUAUCUUCUGAUAUCUUUGCACCUAAAGCAAGCUUCAAGGAGUUGGUCUUAGAUAAAUCUAAAUCUCCAAGCAGUAAUAAUUCGCUACUCUCAGCAGGUCAAACUCAAUACACUCCAUCCAAACAAGUUUCGUUUGUUUUGAAUAAAGAUGAAGGUUCUGAGUAUGAUGCUGAUAAGAAUGAUGAAUCAAACCCUAAAGCGUUGGAAACUAUUCCAGCAUCUAAUGGAGAGGCAACUAGAAUCGAAUUUGACGAUGACGGCUAUUGGACAUCCCCAUCUAUAUCCGAAUUAAAAAAGAAAUCUUUGUCUGAAUUACGUUCAGUAGAUAAUUUCAUAGUUGGUCGUAAACAUUACGGUCAAAUUAAAUUUUUGGAACCUGUCGAUUUGUCCAGUUUUGUAAAUUUGGAUGACAUAACCGGUAAUCUUAUAAUCUUUGGAUCCAAAUCUUGCAUAGUUUACCCUGAUGACAACAAGCCACAAGAAGGAGAAGGGUUGAACCUUCCAGCAAAGAUAACUCUUGAAGGAUGCUAUCCUAUCAACAAAGCCGACAAGUUACCUAUACUUGAUCCAAAGAGUGAAUUUGUUCGUCGUCACAUUGAAAACUUGAAAACAUUACCUGGUAUGGAUUUCAAAUCCUACGAUCCUGUUAAUGGUAAUUGGUCAUUUACUGUUACUUCGAUGUAG